UUGGUAGAACAACUGAUCCGGAAUAUCCGUCUGUUGUUGGUGAUAUACCUGUGGGUAUUAUAUAUGAUGAAAUACCUGAGACUAUAACGAUACCUAAUGGUAUAUCGGCCAUGACAGUUUACUUCUUUACUGGUAUUAGUCUACACAGUAGUGAAUCUAUCACUUAUUAUAAUAAAGGUAUGGAUUUGAUGGUCAACCGAACUCUUCUUUCAACUCAUGUGGAUGCUUGGUUGGACGUCUGGAAUAAAGGUCGCAUUGACGUGGAAGGCAAUGAUGAACUGGCUAGAACCAACUAUGCCACGUUGUAUUACUUACUCAGUUCUCUCCCUUUACAAAGUGAUCAACAUAACUGGCCAUUUUGGGGACUGGCACCGUGUGGUUUAGCUCAUGGUGGCACAGGGGAUUAUCGUGGCCGCAAAUUCUGGGACCAAGAAACCUGGAUGUUCCCAUCGAUUCUUCUACUUCAUGUUGAUAUUAGUAAACUGAUCAUAGAUUCUAGAGUGAGGAAGCUGGUUUCAGCGCAGGCUAAUGCUGGUUUCCGUGGUUACAAAGGAGCCAUGUAUCCAUGGGAAACGGCGUUCACAGGUCUAGAAGUUGACUGCCCUGGUUCUAUGGGAUUCUCGGAACUCCAUCUUUCCUCUGACAUAUCGUUUGCCAUACGACAGUUUUUCUACCUGACCAAUGAUACGGAUUUUAUUUUACAUGAAAAGGCUGGUGAGGCGAUGCUAGAAAUAGCUAAAUUCUGGGAGUCGUACGUCUACCUCAAUCCGACAACCAACAUGUACGGAUUUAACAAUGUAACUGGACCUGAUGAAUAUAACGUUGGGGUGAACAAUUCAGUUUAUACAAAUAUUCUAGCAGCAAUGAGUUUACAAUCAGCUCAGAUGGCUGGUAAAAUGAUGGGACAGGAGACACCUAAAAUCUGGCAGGAUAUCCAAGACAGGCUAUAUAUACCUUAUGAUCAGGAUACAGCGUAUCAUCCCGAAUUUGAUGGCUAUAAAAUCGGAAGUUCUAUUAAACAAGCUGACGUCAUACUGAUUGGGUUUCCCUUCAUGUAUAAGUAUGAAUCAGAUGAGACCAGAAGAAAUGAUCUCAAUAUUUAUGAAAAGGUUGUAGGAAAUGGUCCGGCUAUGACGUGGGGAAUGUAUGCCGUUAAUUGGCUGGAACUUGGCGGGAAUAAAAACCAUGCUGACGAACUCUUUCUGCGGGGAACUAAAAAUGUCCAAAAACCAUUCUACACUUGGACUGAGAAUGCCGAUGGAAGCGGUGCUGUUAACUUCCACACGGGAAUGGGUGGAUAUCUUCAGUCUGUUAUUUAUGGUUAUGGAGGCUUCAGAAUUAACGAAAAUAACCUGACUUUUAAUCCCCAGAUGUUGCCAGACACUUCACGAUGGAAUAUAACUGGUCUGGAUUAUCGUGGAAAUUCUUUAGAUUUUUCCUUCCAAGUGAAUGAAAUGUUCGUGACGCUUACAAAUCGUGUAUCAACAAUGGUUAAAAUUUAUCUGUUUAAAGAUAAAACAACUAAAAGUUUAUCAUCGACGACACAAACUUUUUUGGUACAAAAAGCUGAAAUUACUGUAGAAUAA